GGUGUGUGCUAGUUUGGUUUAUUGAUAUAAUGUGGGAUGUUUUUUACACCAUAAAACAUAAAACUGUUAUGGAAAUGUUAUCUAAAUUAAGUUUUUUUUCUUUUCUUUUUUUUUUUUUCUCUGGUUUUAACGCAUUUUAUAUAUUUAUUAUAGGGGAGGUUGUAGUAAUGUCUGGGUAUAGGGAAUAAUGAUAAUUUAAGAUGUCAACACCUUUUUUUUGUUGUUGUUUUUUUUUUUUUCUUCAGCUAAUUAAAUACACAAAACAGUUGUUACAAUCUAUCCUAGAAUGACUGUUUUAUUAAAAAGCUUUUCUUCCUAUAAAACAUCCCAGAAGACGGAACAUUUCCCUUAAUUGAAGAAUCACCCAUAUAUGAACACAGGAACAGUGUCCAAGCGCCACCUUCAGUAUUUUAUUAAGAGAGAGCGUGGAGAGCGAGAGAAAACAAUUUCCAUACACAAAUGUUUUCACAACAUACGACUUGCGCCUAUAGUCUCACAUCAUAAAGGAUUCUGAAACAUUUGGUGCGAACGGUUUGUUUGGUUUCGCUUGUUUACGUGUUGACACUCGCAUUCCCCGUUCGGUUUAUCUAGUGAUAUGCGCGUCUCGCGCAGCGUGGGUCCAGACGGGAGAGCGUUAAGGGUUAAAGCGCGCUGCAUGGAGUCUGUAGGGCGGAGUGGAGAGGAUGUGAUUGGAGCGCUACCCAUGAUGUCAUGUACAUGAAAAAGCCAAGAAGUAGUUAAGAAGGCGGCUUGUAACUCUGGAAAGAGUGGGUGAACCUCUGAGGCGCAGAGAGCAGACGCACGCGGGUGAUAUUUUGGACUGACAACACACGGCAACGGCACCAUGGUGCAGCAAACGGACAACAGCGAAACGGACAGCAUGUCCAGAGAAGCCACCGACUCCGACGAAAGUGAAUUCAUGGUUUCGAUAAACCCAGACUGGUGCAAGACAGCGACCGGACACAUAAAGCGACCGAUGAACGCGUUUAUGGUGUGGUCUAAAAUCGAGCGGAGAAAGAUCAUGGAACAGUCUCCAGACAUGCACAACGCCGAGAUCUCCAAACGCUUGGGGAAGCGCUGGAAAAUGCUGAAGGACAGCGAAAAGAUACCUUUCAUCAGGGAAGCCGAAAGACUCCGGUUGAAACACAUGGCUGAUUAUCCUGACUACAAAUACAGACCCAAGAAGAAACCAAAGCUGGACAGUUCCUCCAAACCCUCAGCCCCAUCUCCAGAGAAGUCCUGCAGCAAAAUGUCCAAGAAUUCCAAGAAAUGUCCCAAACUGAAAGCGAACAAGACGGGAAGCAAGUCGUCUCACGGCUACGGAGAUGAGUACGCGUUUAAGAGCAUGAAAGUUUCAAAGACUGUCAUUAAAAGUGAGUUCACGGAUGAAGACGACGACGACGACUCCGAGGAGGACUCCUCUCGAGUCCGGGUGAAGGUAGAGGAGGAAGAGGAUCCGAUCCGAGCCUACAAUGUAGCAAAAGUUCCCGCCAGCCCAACUUUGAGCUCGUCUACAGAGUCCGAGGGCGCCAGCAUGUACGAGGAGGUCCGGAACAACAGACUCUUCUACAAUUUCAAAAACAUCACCAAGCAGAGCACAAUGUAUCCCGCAUCCGUCUCACCAGCAUCCUCUAGGUCAGUUUCCACUUCUUCCAGCUCGAGCGAAGACGCGGACGACUUGCUUUUUGACUUCAGUUUGAACUUCGCCUCCUCCGCGCAAAGCUCGGAGCUGGCCAACCAAAACCCAGGGAAUCUCUCCCUCUCUCUGGUGGAUAAGGAGUUGGAGUCUUUUAGCGAGGGCAGCCUGGCUCCCACUUUGAAUUUCCAGACUAUUGCACGCCUGAGCUCAGUGAAAUGAUAGCUGGGGACUGGCUCGAAGCGAACUUUUCUGACCUGGUUUUUACAUACUAAAUAAGACAAGUAAUAACAUACGGGAGAGGUAUAAUGCUCUAUUCUGUACGUAUUUCUUUCCUCUGCCUUCUUCCGGUGGUCCACAUAUAGGGGCUUUGCGAAGGAGGCAAGUAUGGCAAGCCACCUUAACAUUUAUUUCUUCAAAUUAUAUAGUGUCUGUGCUUGUGUUACUAGUAUUUUUUUUUUUUUUUAAUUACGAGUAAGUAUUCCAAAGGUGACUAUACUAUUUACUUUAUAGUGCUACUAGUCACUAUUCCAGUAGCCUACUUGCAUUUCUUACCUCACUUGUUACACUAGUUUACUUGUCAUGUGUAAGGACUAGUCAGAAUAGCUUCUUAAUAGUGCAAUUCAAAAUGCUACAAGUAACAACUUAGAUUAAAAGGGCAAAAUAAAUAAAUAAAUAACAUGAAAUAAUAACCAAAAAAAUAAAUAAUAAUAAUAUUGGUACCUAAUGAAUACAGCAACAAUUGGAAUACAUGUCAAAAAUAGUAGCAAAGGAAUAAGUAUUAGUAUGCAAGGAAGAAGUACCAGUAUUUAAUGGAAUAGUAGUGAAAUUGAAUAAAAUACUGCUCAGUAUUGUAUUAUUUGCUAGUAAUUGAAAAAAAAAAAAGUCAUAGUAGCAAAAAAUAGAUACUAGUUAAUUUGAAGGAAUAGAUGUUAAAAUGGUUUGCCAUAGGAAGGGAGAGGUUUGGGGAAUUAGAUGCUCAUGAAGCUGGUACUGUAGCAAAAAAGAAAAAAAGUCUGCAGACCUUUUUUUUUCUGGCAGCAUGACAGGGUUUUAUGGAUUUUUCUGUAGGUCUACAAUUACUGUUCAACUAAAGCGGACCACAAAGGGAAAAUCUGAGAACUUCUAUGCAUCUUAUACCCUCUUUCUAACUGCAGGGAGCUGAAAAUGUAAAGACUGUGGACUGACUCAAAGCAAAUCUGUGAACUAUUACUGUUCAGGACGUUUCUUUCAAACGUUGUUUAGUCAUUUCUAAAUGCCGGAAAGUUUUUUUUUUGUUGUUUUUUUUUCUCUUUUCUUCUUUUUGGAACUGAUUCUGUUUACCUACUGGUUUGAAACUUAAGCAGCCUAAACCUCCUUAGAGUUGCAGGUGUUAGAGGAAGCAUUUUGAUACAUAACAGACCUCAUCUUUUUAAAAGAAAGCAAACUAUUUUCAGGCAUAUUUUUGUACAGUUAAAAAGGGAAUGUUCUUACUGGGCACUCAGUGAGUUUCAGGCACUUCUUCCCUUUAUCAUUUGUUUUAAGCAUGCAAGGGAGUCCUGGUUUAAGGAUUAAGUUUAAAUUAAAACUUGCAUCAAAAAUGCCUUGUGAUUUUAAGCUAGGUUUUGUACAGCUGUAGAUCAAAUUUGUUGAGUAUUUGUAGAACAUAUGGCAUUGGGGAGGGGGGAGAUGCAUACCUCAGUGCUGGUAUUAGUUUCAAGAUUGUAUAUGUACUGUAAAAUAGUAAAGUUAGGAGUUUAUGUAUAUCAUACUCGUGAUAUGUGGAUGGGUCCCAAAUCGCAGGUGUGAGACUGGAUUUUUUUUUUCUUUCUAAUGGCACAUACUGUUUCCCCUUCAUUUUUUGUGCAAUAUAUUUACUUGUAAAUGCAGACCAUCUACAUUUUUUUUUUUUUUUUUUUGCAUUUUUGUAGCAAAAUGAUGGACAGGCAGACUUUUGCUCUGUCAACAUCAGUAUUUGUCAUGAUGCUGAAGUCAUUGAUGAAUAAAGAAAUCAGCUGGAACUGAUCGUAACUGAAUAUGGUCACACAGUGUGCUUUUCUGUGGAGAAAAACCCCACCAUUUCUCUUUAAACUGACCCACAAAAAUUGGACAAUUCAUGUCCUGCAACCAAUUUGAAAAUGACUCAUUUUUGAAAAUGUGCCAUAUUGGGCAAAUAAUGAAUGUCGGUGGUCUGGCUCAAGAAAUACCAAGAAAGCAAAAAAAGGUACAUUCCAUAUCCUCGUUUCAUAUGAUGAAACAUUUUAUUUUCAACUUAAGACUGCCGUCUUUUCUAUUAAAAACAACAACAACGACAACCAUAAACCUGUAUUUUUGUUUCUUGCACUUAAAACAUAUUUUGUUUAUUUUUAUGUGGGUCUUACAUGACGUCUGUUUUGAUACAAGGUUUGGAAUAUGAUGGACUCUUUGCCAGGGAGAAAUGGUGAAGGACAAGGCAGUCUAGCCUCACAUUCCAAAUGUGAACCUCUCUUUGACUCAUCUUUUAAUAAACAAAUACUU